AUGAUGAAAUUCCAUAAUUCGGACCUAUGGAUUGCUUGGCUGGUUUUAUUUUGCAUGGAAGUGAGUGUGAGGGCGUUGGAUGUCACAGUGACCCAGAGCAGCAUCCAGGUAGCCCGCGGCCAGGCGGCCAUCUUGCCCUGCUCCUUCUCCACCAGCGCUGCCCUCAACAACCUCAACAUUAUCUGGAUGGUCAUCCCGCUGUCCAAUGCCAACCAGCCCGAACAGGUGAUCAUCUACCAAGGUGGCCAAGUGUUCAGUCUAGCCAACCACUUAAAUGGCCGGGUGGGUUUCGUGGCCACCAUGCCCAGCACAAGUGCCUCUAUCUUCAUCAACAACACCCAGCUGUCAGACACGGGGACAUACCAGUGCCUGGUCAACAACCUCCCCGACAGAGGGGGGCGCAACAUCGGGGUCAUCGGCCUCACCGUGCUGGUGCCCCCGUCGGUGCCCUCAUGCCGUGUCCAGGGCACGCUGGAUGUGGGCGCUGACAUCAUGCUGAUGUGCAGCAGUGAGGAGGGGAUCCCCACACCCAGCUACACCUGGGUGAAACUGGAGUCGCUGCCCAAGCUGCCCCACACCGCCAUGCAAGACCAGAUGCAAGGGACCGUAACACUGAGGAACAUCAGUACCAGUACCUCUGGUCUGUACCAGUGUACAGCCUCCAACGCCAUCGCCAAGAGCACCUGUCUACUCAACCUGCAGGUUGUGGCACCUCAGCCCCAGAGUGUGGGUCUCAUAGCUGGCACCAUCGCCACGGGCGUGUUGGCUGUCAUCAUCUGCUCUCUACUGGUGCUGGUGACACUCUUCUAUUGGAAAAACAAGAACAAAUACGAGGAGGAGGAGAUACCCAACGAGAUCAGGGAGGAUGAUCUGCCCCCUAAGAGGUCGUCUUCAGUGAAAGCGUUUCACGCCGACGCCUCAUCCUCUGAGAACGACACCCUGACGUCCACCAACACCUACAACAGCCGCUAUUGGCACAACCCCAAGCCCAACUACGACACCAACUCCUACACCCGCUACAACGGCGACACGCGCCAGACGUUCUCUACGGGGCAGGCGGGUCACACAGGUCAAACGGGGGGACAUGCAGCCUACUCCAAUGGUAGCCACACCCUCCCCCCGCCCAAGACUCUGGUGGUCACCACCAACUCCGCCCCCUCCCCUCCCGCCAUGGUGCGCAGCAAUGGCUCGGUGAGCCUGAAGCCCGUGACGGUGGCAUCGCAUGGCGGGUACACGCACUCGUACGCCGUAAGCCAGGCCACGCUGGAGCGCAUGGGCGCCGUGCCCGUCAUGGUGCCAGCCCAGAGCAGAGCAGGCUCUCUGGUCUAA